AUGGUGAAUGCAGAGAGGGCUCCGCUGGAAGAGCAGGGAUCAAUGGAGGGACAGUUCAGGAGAGCGUCCAUCACCACAAUGCCUCCACAUGAUCGCUCCCUGCACACGCUGCUCUACCUACUUCACCUCCUCGUGUCCCGGGCCAUGUCCACGCUGCAACAGCCUCCACACAUCCCUGCCCUGGUCCCACACACACCCACCCCACUCACUCGCUCCCAGUUCAGCGCCCAGACCCAACUGGACCUCACCACCCACUGCAACUCCACCUGCUUCAACGCCCAGUUCGCAGGCGCGCUGUCUGACAAACUGGCCUUUGAGACGCUUUACUCAGACGGUUCACGCACUUUGACCACAGUAGAAGUUGAAGACAAAGACUUUGCCUCGUCUCCGAAAAGGCCUAGACGCAGAAGAAUACGACGGCAGAUAUACGGCGCGGACGGACGCUUCAACAUCAAAGGCGACAACUUCCUUCUGGACUACCCUUUCUCCACAGCGGUUCGCAUCUCCACAGGCUGCACAGGGGUUCUCGUGUCGCAACUUCAUGUCUUGACCGCAGCCCACUGCGUCCACGAUGGGAAAGAUUAUGUCAAGGGAGCUAGAAAACUCAAGGUGGGAUUUCUGAUCAACCCUGUAGUGGUCAACAGCACCAACCUAGAGCUUUCCUCCCCCAAGAAGCCCCUUGUUCGCUGGGUAAGGGUGAAGCGAACCCGUGUGCCCAAAGGGUGGAUCCUAGGACCUCAGGAAGUCAGCAUGGACUUUGACUACGCCCUGCUAGAACUGCGUUGGCCCCAUCGCCGUCCAUUUAUGCGUCUAUCUGUGGCGCCAUCCUCCGAUGAUCUAGUGGGGAAACGUAUCCACUUUUCUGGCUUUGACAGCGACCGGCCUGGAGAAUUGGUGUACCGGUUCUGUCCUGUUGAAGAGGAGUCCAAAGACCUCAUUUAUCAACACUGCGACGCACGGCCUGGAGCCAGUGGCUCGGGUGUCUACGGUAGAGUGUGGGAUGACGCCCUGGAGAGGUGGGAGAGGAAGGUCAUUGGGAUCUUCUCGGGACAUCAGUGGUUGGAGAUAGAUGGAGAGAACCGGGAUUAUAAUGUGGCUGUGAGGAUAACGCCACUGAAGUUUGCGCAGAUCUGCUAUUGGGUGCAUGGGAACAGACUAGACUGUGUUCACGGAUGA